GGCGGGCCAGACUUCUGCCAGCCUCAGGAUGGCCUUGGCUGUCCGUGCUUCAGCUGAAGGGCUGAGAGCUUAAAAGUUUCCCGGGGGAAGGCCAGGGACAAGGUUUCACCUGUCCCAAGCAGAUCUGGAUGGGGGGGACCUUGUCAUUAUGGAGGGGGUACUGUACAAAUGGACCAACUAUCUAAGCGGCUGGCAACCUCGGUGGUUCCUUCUUGCAGGUGGGGUGUUAUCCUAUUAUGACUCAAGGGAAGAUGCUUGGAAAGGCUGUAAAGGGAGCAUUCAGAUGGCAGUUUGUGAAAUUCAAGUUCAUUCUAUAGAUAAUACACGCAUGGAUUUGAUGAUUCCUGGAGAACAGUGCUUUUAUCUAAAAGCUAAAGAUACAGGUGAAAGACAAAAAUGGUUGGUUGCCCUAGGAACUGCCAAAGCUUGUUUGACAGAUAUUCGGACAUUAAAAGAAAAAGAAUUUACAGAAAACACUGAAAUGUUGAAAACAAAAAUGGUAGAACUUAGAUUAUAUUGUGACCUCCUGGUUCAGCAAGUGGAAAAAAUUAAAGCAACUACUACAACUUCACAUGUUCAGCAUGGAAUUAAUAUGGGAGUACUGUUGAACUCCAGCUGUGCCACAUUCUUGAAGACUCUUGAAGAAUGUAUGCAGAUUGCAAAUGCUUCCUUUUCUUCUGAAUUGCUGCAACAUACUCCAGGAGAAACUUCAUAUUCAGUUAUUCGCAAAUUAAACAAGCUGAAACUUCCUGCCAUACUUAGCCGCGGUGUAACAGAAAGGAAGAUGGAACUAAAGAAAUGUGAAAAUGGGUCUAUUUAUAAAAACACUACCCUUCCUGAAAAAACUUUUAUUGAAAAAUCAUCUCCUGUACCCCUAAAGAGAAGCGAAACGAAAGGUAGCCCCAGUAAAGAUGGAGAAAACAAGCUGCUGCCACAAAGGAACAUUCAAGACAACAAAUCUUUAGAGCCUUUAGAAGAAUCUGUAAACAUAUCAGAUUUUCCUACUUUCUUCAGUGCUAUGAAGUAUAGAUUUAGUGAUAUCAAGCUUUUUGAAGAUGGAGGAAUACCAACAGAAGAAUUUCUGAAUUCCUGUUAUGAAAUAGUUCCAGUCUUGGACAAACUUGGACCCACAGUCUUUGCCCCUGUUAAAAUGGAUUUUGAAGGAAAUAUAAAGAAAAUAAAUCAGAAAUAUAUCACCAACAAAGAGGAUUUCUGUAGUCUUCAAAAAAUUGUCCUUCAUGAGUUGAGCACCGAAGUGGCCCAAAUUCGACACUCUGCUACACAGGCUCUCCUCUGGCUUAAAAGAGGCUUAAAAUUUUUGAAGGAGUUCUUGACAGAACUAAAGAAUGGAGAGAAAAACAUCCAGACAGCACUGAACAAAGCUUAUGGCAAAACAUUACGACAGUAUCAUGGCUGGGUUGUUCGAGGUGUUUUUGCGCUAGCUCUAAGAGCAUCUCCCACCUAUGAAGGCUUUAUGGCUGCAUUGUCGCUUGCAGAAUGUGAAAAUCAAGAAGAAGCUUUUUAUCAUGGAAUGCAGCGGGACCUUAAUGUUUACCUACCAGCUAUGGAAAAGCAGCUCAAAAUCUUGGAUGCACUGUAUGAAGAACAUGGACUGGAGUCAGAUGAAGUGGUCUGAUCUCAGCACAAACAGUGCUUUGCAUAUUCAGGGAUUCUGUCCAUCAGUGUACUACAUUGUUCUUUUCCUCAGAAAGCUGUAUCUGUAUUUGUUU